AUGUAAAUGAGAUAGAUUUUGAUGUGGAAUAUUGUAAUCCUAAUAGAAGAAAUUUACCUCCAUCUUCUAGUAGUGAAUCCAGUUCUUCAGAUGAUGAUGAAGUGAAUGAUGAUGAAGCGAAGGAUGAUAAUGAUGAUGAAGAUGAUGAAAGUGACAAAGAUCAUGAUGAUCAGGAUAGUGAUUUAGAUCAUAGUGAAAGUGAUCAUAAAAAUACAAUGAAAUCUGAGAAUUUGCCCACAAAGACUGUGACUGAAAAGAAAGUGACUUUUAAUGACACUAAAGCCUCUAGUGAUAUCUGUCAUGAUGAGGUCUUGGAACUGACAACAGGACAAAAUUUAUCAACUUUUCAAAGGUUAGAUCUAAAUUCUGAAGAAACUAAUAAAGAAUGCAGCUGA